CGAAGUUUGACCGGUUAAUCAGUUUUGUGCCGCAAAUGAAGUUGGUACAACGUACGGAGGAGGUGAAUUUAUAAAAAAAAUUGACUGCAAAGUUCGCUUAAUAUUUCCCGAAACAGUUCGUUUUAAUUUAUGUCAUUGACGUUCAAUUGCGCGGAAUUUCCGAGCGGUUAAACAAUAAAAUUUUUACUGAUUAACUGUUCACACUGUUAAACGAUAAAUCUUUAAAACUCAAUUAAAUAAUCAAAAUGCAUAUUUUUUAGCAGUGAAAAAAACAGUUUCUGUUGAAGUUUGUGAAUAUUUUAAAGGACAUCGAAGGAGCAUUUGGAUUGAGGUUUCCGUUAAAGUUGCUCUGAUUUAUUGACUGUGCUCGGAAAGUAUGGAUGAAUAGAAAAGAGUCAUAAACGCUUUGCAUAUCCAAUUCAGAAAAGAGAAUAAUUUCAGAAUUAUAUUGAAUAAAAACGUGCAUUAUAAAAGUACCCGAAACAAAAAUUACUAUAAAUAAAAUUUUAAAUUGGAAAAACACGAAAAUCGCAUCGAUCGAGUUUGAAUUUAUUGCUGUAUUUACUUUAUAUUAAAAUGGUUUGCAAGUGUGCACAGCAGGCCGCAAUAAUGAAAUGGCGACUUGCGGUGAUAUAUCGAUGAUCUCACCACCAUCGUCUUCCAUUUCGAACGGCCAAGAUCCUUUUGGACAGUUGCCGCCGCUGCCACCGCCAUUGCGUUCUACACAAGUACUUCAACCGUUGACGGUUUUUCCAGUGUCCAAUUUGAGUGAAGAUUCUUACGAUUAUGUUUUUGGUGGUCGACGUAAGACCCCGCCUGCAACCACAACACUUAAGCUGACCUCACCUCCGAUACGACUGCGUCCACAAGAUACUUGCAAUCGUGGUGGUAACAUAAUUAACGGCCGUUUUUAUCGUCAUUCAUUCAGUUAUGCCCCGAAACGUUCGAGGCACGUGAACAGCGAACGUGACGCAAAUCGUGAAUCUAGAUUGAGAUGUCAUGGCGAGGAUGAAGCAACCCUGCGGCAAUUGCUUCUCGAUUUGCAAAAGCAAGUUAGCGUGAUGAGCAUGAAUUUAUCAGCGAAACUAGAUGAGCUUCAAAGAGGCGAUCGACACUUGGAGACGACAGUCGCCUUGUGCGAAAUACGUACACAACUGCAGGAGCUGACAAAAUCCGUUGAGAGUUGUCAGAGUGAAGUAUCCGAGGUUAAACGUGACAUGGUCGCAAUUAAACACGAAUUGGACACAGUGCAGCAAGUCAAGGAGGAAAUUGAGGAGCUGCGCGAAUAUGUCGACAGACUGGAAGAACACACGCACAGACGGAAGCUAAGACUUUUAGAACAAGGUCUAACGUUUUUCCUAACAUACGCGAUAUUCUCGGCGGUAUUGGGUAUGCUACAGUUUGGCUACAAUACUGGAGUGAUAAAUGCACCUGAGAAAAACAUUGAAAAUUUCAUGAAAGAUGUAUACAAGGAUCGCUAUGGCGAAGAUAUUAGCGAAGAAAUCAUACAACAGCUGUACUCCGUGGCGGUGUCGAUAUUCGCCAUUGGAGGCAUGUUGGGAGGUUUCAGCGGCGGUUGGAUGGCUAACCGCUUUGGCAGAAAAGGAGGCUUAUUAUUAAACAAUGUAGUUGGCAUAUCUGGUGCGUGCCUGAUGGGUUUCACGAAAGUGAGCCAUUCUUAUGAAAUGCUAUUCCUGGGUCGAUUGAUCAUUGGUAUAAACUGCGGACUCAACACAUCAUUGGUGCCAAUGUAUAUCUCUGAAAUAGCGCCACUUAAUUUACGUGGUGGCCUCGGUACUGUGAAUCAAUUGGCUGUGACUGUAGGUUUACUAUUAUCCCAAGUAUUGGGUAUAGAACAAAUUUUAGGAACUAAUGAUGGCUGGCCAGUAUUACUUGGUCUAGCCGUUUGUCCAGCAUUAUUGCAAUUAUUAUUACUGCCGGUUUGCCCAGAAUCACCAAGAUAUUUGCUCAUAACAAAACAGUGGGAAGAAGAAGCACGAAAAGCCCUGCGUAGAUUGCGUGCAACGAACGAUGUAGAGGAGGACAUCGAAGAGAUGCGCGCUGAGGAGCGUGCUGAACAAUCUGAAGCCCACAUGACUACAAUAGAAUUAAUAUGUUCAAAAACAUUGCGGCAGCCAUUAAUAAUCGCUAUAGUUAUGCAGCUAAGUCAGCAGCUCAGCGGUAUAAAUGCAGUAUUCUAUUACUCCACAGCUCUCUUUAUGAGUUCCGGCUUGACUGAGGAAAGUGCUAAAUUUGCCACAAUGGGCAUUGGCGCAAUUAUGGUUGUUAUGACUUUGGUCUCCAUACCACUUAUGGAUCGCACAGGUCGUCGCACACUACACCUAUACGGGUUAGGUGGCAUGUUCAUAUUCUCCAUUUUCAUCACGAUAUCAUUCCUUAUAAAGGAAAUGAUCGACUGGAUGUCAUAUCUCUCGGUUGUGGCAACACUUGGAUUUGUUGUAUUCUUUGCCGUUGGUCCCGGUUCCAUACCAUGGAUGAUAACAGCGGAGCUGUUCUCUCAAGGACCACGACCAAGUGCAAUGGCAAUUGCCGUGUUUGUCAACUGGUUAGCAAACUUCGUAGUUGGUAUCGGUUUCCCCAGUAUGAAGAAUGCUCUGGAAAACUACACGUUCUUGCCAUUUAGCGUAUUCUUAGCCAUAUUCUGGAUAUUCACCUAUAAAAGGGUUCCUGAGACCAAAAACAAAACGUUUGAAGAGAUUCUAGCAAUGUUCAAGACUGAAAAUGGAAGGAGUAUGCUAAACUGUACAAAUAGUUUGGAGCCCCAAAGUAUGAAUUCCGGCAUCGAGCAUGCCGCAUUGAUGGUAUCUGAGGAAAAGACCCAACACGAUUCACCUGCAUCCGAGCGUUGUUUAGAAGGCGGCCGAAAUAUACACCAGGGCCGGAACGUUGCCUCUGUGCCCCAUCACCUUCGUCAGCAAGUACCUGUUUGCCAGAGCAGCGGGCCUUGACUGAGGAACGCCUCCCCUCCUGAAACUGCCAGUGUGCAUUCCAACGCUGAACAGCAACAAUACAAACAGCAGUACCAGCAACAACAUCACCAUCAUCACGUACAUUGUAGCUAUGAAAAAGAUAUUGUAUGUGAUGAUAUACAAAUGCACCAGCAACAGCACCAGCAGCCACAGCAGCAACAUCCACAACAACAACAGCAUGAUGAGCAACAUACGCACUGCCACGCAUAUGCAUAUUCGGACCACAGCCAAUUGCAAGCAAAGCAAUCAGCAUCACUUCAAUCCACUUCGACACCACAUCGGCAGCAGCAGCACCGCAAGCACAGUCAUAGCCCACAUCAUAGUCGUCAUACUUCACCACAUAGUCAUCAUUCGCACAGUUUGCACUCGUCACCGCAUCAGUCGCAUCAUCAUAUGCACGAACGGCUUGACAAUGAAACAGAUUCGCUUUCACACCCGCAAACGGCACGCCCCUCGACACAAUCAUCAACAUCGCACGCGACGCAUCAUCAUCAUCAUCGUCGCAAGCGCAAGCACCACAAUCAUCAUCAUCAUCAUACCAGUGGUGGUGCUGGUAGUGGUGGUGGCGGUGGCGGUGGAAGCGGUAACUCAAGCUCGCAUGGCACACAUGGACAUUCUCAUAAGCAACAGCACAGCACACACCAAGGACAUCAUAGUUGUUCACGUCGACACCGUUCUGCCACUGACAUUUCAAGCACCUCGAUUAAUACUUGUCACGAUCCAAGCUGCAUUGAUCGGGAAGUUCAGGAAAUAUUUGUCCAUAAAAGUUGCUGUAAUUCUUCACGUACAGAGUUGGCUCAGUACUUUGCCGAAGAUCUCUAUGGCACCUCUCGACGACCAUCUUCUUGCUGCACUUCAUCCGAUUAUUGCUACCAAACGGAUUCAACAAGCUUGUAUGGCUCUCGUUCAUCUCUGAGUCGUAACAACUCUAUUAAGUCAGCUUCGAUGGCUAUGAGAAAGAGACGAAUGCACCAACGUCAGCCAAGUUAUACUUCAAUAUCAUUGCGUGGCUUAAACGCUAGCCGACCAAACAGUCAAUUAGGUUCACUGACCUCUAUGUUCGACCGCGCGAAGCAAGUAAAUGCACCUGAUGGCGAACAGUUAAGUAGUAAAGUUGUUGUGUCUCCAUCUAAGGUAACAAUAGAGCGACAAACAUCAAAAGAUGCUUUGAGCAAUGAUUUACCCGAAUACGCCUGCUCUCCUUCUCCAAUACGGUGGAGUUUCUUAGCUGAUGGUAAGUCUCCAACUGAAUUUGAUGGUGCAAGUGGUGCUGAAUCCAAAGACAUAUGGAAAAUCGAAGCACAUGAGCAUGAACAGAAGUACCCGCAUGAACACAGCCAGCAUGAACGUCAACGAUAUGAAUCUAAGCACCAGCACCAGCACCAGCAUCAGCACCGCAGUUGGAAACAUAGUGACGAUCGUCCUAGCACAUCUACUGGCAUACGAAAAUGCAAAGACGGUACUUUCAGCUGUGAUUUCGAGGAGUCCACAACAGUACUGUUCCAUCAGGAAGCGGAGGCAUAUAACAAUUGCUGCAGUAACUAUGUUCAAUGCAAUACGUACCUAGAUCAGGAUUUGCAAAUAACAAGCGAAGAUAUACAUCAAUAUCUUUCAAAAGGCAACCAGAUUCCUGGUGACAUACUUAAUAAUUCCAAGAACUAUCCCUUUCAACCAAGCAACGCUUUAGAGUUUCAAUACAAAAACAAUUUUGCUAACAACAACAACGGCACAAUGUCAUCGGAAGGAGGUGACAGUACGCGUACGUUCGACGAUCGUUUUCGUCGCAAUUCAAGCAAAGAAACAAACUUGAAUCAGAACACCAGCUGCGCAGAGCCUGGUGCAAAUGGUACGUGUGCAAACUCUACAUGUGGUAACAACACACCUCUCUCACCCACAAACAUAAAUCUUUCAUCAAGUACCAACAACAUCAACAUUGUAUUCGGUACAAGUUCCACCACUUGUAUGGAACAAAAUGCAAAUGAGGUGAAGUUUAUAAACACAGCACGCGAAAAUGCAAUGUUAGCUGAGGUACAGCAUUCGGGUUAUCUGCCUUAUGCCUAUCCGAGCUACGACUACACAAACAUGUCGACAAAUUCAGUUUUCGAUAAACCAAUUGGAAUUGAUGAAUUGCCUAAGGAGUUUGGUGGCAGCACUGAGGCAGCUGCCGCAACUGGUUCUUCGAGCACCACUGCCAGUGAUGAACAUUCUUCAGACUUGCAGUCACCCGCACCAAUGGGAGCAUCAUUUGAAUCAUUCGAUGCACCGUCAGAUCACAACCUGCUUUCACAUCGCGGCAGUUGCCAGUUCUCGCCACCAAUUCGUUCACCGCUUUCGCCAGGAUCGCCGGCUGCUUCGUCAAUGUCUUCAAUUAAUCCAGCAGCUGCAUCCUAUGUUCAUCAUACUCACCACACUCACCACUACCACAAUCAAUAUCACCAUCAUCACUUCACAGAUAACUCAAAAAUUGGCAACGCUUUCAAGAGGGUGCGCAAGCGUGCACGCAAAUACACAGACUUUUUGCGCAAAAAAUAAAAAUAUAAAAACGUGAAUUUCUAAGAAAGUAGUUUCUAAAACUAAACUGCCACAUAUUUUUCAAUUUUACAUAGAUUCACCAUAUUUUGGAAGUCGUUAUGUGGUUGUAUCGCUUAAUAAAAACCAAAACAAAAAAGCGGACCAGCUUUAGAAUACCAACAGCAAUUACGAUAGCCAACUAAAAAUCAUUUGGAAGAGCAAACCAAGCAAUCAAAUCUCAUCCUCAUCUACAUCCACAUCCUCAUCCAAACAAAACAUUGUAAUGUCAAGAUUUGCAAAAGUAUUAGAUCGAAGAAAGGUAACACAUAUGGGAGCAUUCAGCAUUAGGCGACUUAGUUCCCAUUUAAUCCUGCUAAGCAAUAUUAGCUAAAAUUAUUAUAAAUACCUAAUUAAUUUAUAAAUGAGAAAUUUAUUGAAAAGCACUGAGAUAUAUAAAAAUAUAUUAUAUGUUAUUUUGUUCACUGCCAAAAACGAAAUCUGGCAACGCUGCUGUUCAGGCCAAAUGGCGUUGCCAACUAGGAAAGCAAAAAAUGCUGGUGUAAAAAUAAAAACAAAUAUGCAACUUAAGUAAUUAAUUGAUUAAUUUACGUAAUUAAUGUA